AUGCUGCUUGGUAUCACAGCCUUUGAUAGCGAUCACGGACUCGCGGCAGAGCAGAAUCGCACAAAGGGCUACGCAAACCUCGCCGCGGAUGCGGAAGCGGAUUCGGACGUCUCGAGACGGAUACGUGCUCUGCUGAAGCGCUCCGCUACAGCUUACCAACCGGCUAGUACUCAUGAUAAGAAAUCAGGAAAGCAAGGCUCUACAAGUGGUGAAAGUUAUGAUGGCGACGAUGAUGCCGACCAAGAACAGAAUCCUGCUUUUCAGAAUUCACCCCCGUCUAAUACCUCGCUUAACGGCAACGGUCGUGCCGGUGCUUACGUCCGAGGUAGAAGACAUUCCAAAGUCCGCAUUGUCGACACGGAGAUUGUUGCUCGCUAUACAAGGGUUAUAAACACCUUUCUGGAGAGUGCGGGCGGCAAUGUCGAAUUCCAUUCGGAUAUGGUCUAUCUUUGUGCACCGUUCAUCGAGCUCAUGUCCACUGAAUCCGAGGCAUAUUUCGCCUUCAAUGCUCUUAUGCAGCACCAUCAACACAUGUUCACCGACGAAGGAUUGAGCGAAGCCGUGUCAGAGUUUACGACUAUGUUCUGCGCCCUCCACCAAGAUCUUUACGACCACUUCUUGUCUGAAGAAGUUGAUAUCAAAUCAUGGGUGCAGAAGUAGCAAAAGAGGUGGCAAAUGUUUUAUCAAUAUGCAAUGCACUUCUACGUCUUUGGGACGCCUACUUUGCCAGCCUCCGAAACCAUGCACUGCGUUUACACCCCUACGUAUGUCUUGUAUAUAUCGAGCAUAUCAAGCCCGAAUUGCAAGACUGUGAGGAUGGCGAGCGCAUCAUGUCGGUUCUUGGCAAGCUCCCGGCUCUUGAUAUGGACUAUGUCAUGGCGCACGCCUUGACCGCACGUGAGCAGCUUCGAGAAAGAGGGGUUUUGUGAAGAGUGGGCGACGCGAGCAAGCCUAAACUCUGAAUCUCGCGCCUGAGAGUAAUGGCCGCUCGGAUUUCUACCAGAUUAGCGCAUUCAACUGACCAAAGUUUUGUAAAUUGAAAUAAUUAAUUUCUUUGCUCUAGAAUGUAGUUUACUCGUUCCCGUUCCACGUCGCACUGGAUCCUGGACCUUACAUCGGGCAAGUCGAGCGCAGAAUGCGGCGGCUCGAUAGAGGUGUAGACAUAUCCUGACUCGACAGAUGAGUAAGAGAACGAAGGGGCGACGUAGUCCCAUAGCUAUAAAUACAUGCAUCACAUUACU